AUGUUUACGACGCCGCGGACGCCGCCUCCCAAAGAAAAGGCGCCAACGGUCAGCGGAAACGAAGGAGGCGACCGUACGGCGGAUACAGAGGGCGCGUCGAACGUCGUGCGAAAGAUGGACGGCGUCGGUAAUACCGACAGAAGAGCGGGAAAACAAGUAGCCGACCAAGUCGACUCGCAAACACCGCAGAUACCGAUUGAAAAGAUGACGAUGUUACAACUCCAAGACGAAUUACGUAAGAAAGGCUUAUCGAUAGCAGGGAAAAAGAAGGUCCUGGCAGAUCGUUUGCGAAAAGUAAUAAACGACGAGGACGAUGGAUCGGAGAUCGACGCGACGGAUGACAGCAGCAACGACGAAGAGGUUAGACAACUGACAGUGGGGCAUGGUGCUCAGGAUCGAAGACAGCGCCAUUCGCAGCCACUGGGGCGUACCACACGUCAGCAGACGAGACGUCAUAGCUCGCCGAAGCAAACCGACCGGCGAGUUCGAACACAAGAAUUGGAAAGCGACAGUGAAGACGACCCGGAAGAAACGCAAGACGAAACGCGAGUGCAAGCAAAUCGUCGGCACGGCGUACCAAACGAACGAGAAAUGACACAGGUAAAUCACAUGAAGGCUGCAUUUACUAUCAAAGACGUUGAAGGAAGUAUCCCUACUUUCACCGGUGACGAUAAAAUGACCAUCCAAAAUUGGAUUGAGGAGUUCGAAGAUACGAGCGUCCUGUUGCAAUGGAGCGAUUUACAGAAGGUAAUUUACGGAAAAAAGAUGCUUUGCGGGUCGGCGAAACAAUUCAUUGCCUUACAGCGAGGGCUGGUGUCGUGGGCAGCUCUCAAAGAUUGUCUCACUAAAGAAUUCGAAGUGGAGGUUAACAGCGCAACAAUCCACUCUCAAUUGCAGAAACGUAAGCGUCAAGUCAACGAGACUCCGCGUCAAUACGUGUACGCUAUGCGAACGAUCGCGAAUCAAGGCCGUGUAGAAGACGAGGCCCUUAUCCAAUACAUUAUUGACGGCAUCCCGGAUCUCGAAGCGAACAAGCAGAUUUUGUACAACUCACGGACGAUCGACGAGAUAAAGAAGAAUCUGGAGCUCUAUGACCGCAUGCGCGAGAAGUCAAGUCGGAAGAAACCAGCAGGUAAAGCUGACGCAAAGGGCGAAUCAAGCAAAGAUGGUAAGGACGCGAAGGAAAAGAAGGACGCGAAGCAAACGACAAAGAAGGCUCAUUGUUUUGCAUGUGGAUCACCGGAUCAUGCGGUUAAGGAUUAUCCCCACAAAGACAAAGGACCGAAGUGCUUCCGAUGCGACCAGUUCGGACACGUAUCAAGUAAUUGCGAGCAACCAGACAAGACAAGCAAGAAAGACGAAAAAAUCAACCGAGUGACUGUUGACGAAGAGACCAUCGCGAUUCAAGUUAACGGUAUAGACACGCUGGCUAUACUGGAUACAGGCAGUUCCAAAACUAUUUUACGGGAAGAUAAAUACGUGAAGAUCGGCAGUCCUGCGCUAAAACCGACGGUGCGCUUAUUUAGAGGAUUUGGAAACGCGCGAAGCAAGGCGAAAGGCGUCUUUGAUGCAGAGUUGAUAAUUCAAGACGAAGUUUAUUGCAACGAAGUAUAUGUCGUUCCAGUCGAAACAAUGGACACGAGGAUGCUCAUGGGGAAAGACCUACUCAAACAGAUGGAUAUCCGUAUUCUCGGUGGACAGACAACAUUCCGGAAGAUAACGGCAAUUGACGAUGGAACACCCGCGCACGAGGUCAAGGGCGAAGAGAGUGUGCCGGGUAACCGACCCAAAGACGAAGAUGGCGAUGAGGUCAGUGCAGAAUGGGAGCGAUGUGGUUUGUCUACAAUCAACUACGUCGAGCCCGAUGAAGUCAGUGUUCGAGGACCUUAUGCAGAAGAGAUCAGGAAGCUGAUAGACGAUUACAAGCUGAUCAAGCAGGUGCAGCCUAAAGUCGAGAUGAAGAUUGUGCUGAAAGAUCAAGAACCCGUUCGUGCCAAACCACGGCGACUGUCAGUGCAAGAAAGACAGAUCCUACAGAAGCAAGUCGAUGAAUGGUUGAGAGACGGAAUCAUUAAGCCCAGUAGAAGCCCGUAUUCGAGUGCCGUGACACUCGUGAAGAAAAAAGACGGAACUUAUCGCGUCUCCCGAGUUUUCUCGGUGAUCGACCUGAAGAAUGGCUUCUUCCACGUCCCAGUUGCGGAGGACAGUCAACAGUAUACGUCCUUUGUGACGCCUGACGGACAGUAUGAUUUCCUGUUUUCCCCGUUCGGUCUGUGUAACAGUCCGACCGAAUUUUUGAUAUUCAUGGAGGAAGUUUUCUAUGAACUCAUCAGGCGACGCAUUCUCCGCAGGUAUUUAGAUGACGUCGUCAUACCGGGUAGAAAUGAAGAAGAAGCAAUGUACGGACUUCGCGAAACCCUGAGAGUCGCAGCUGAAAAUGGGUUGGUGAUCAACUGGAAGAAAUGCAAGUUCCUGGAACGAGAGGUGGAGUUUCUUGGACAUAUUGUCAGAGGUGGCUGUGUUCGUCCCUCCAACAAAAAGAUCAAAGCGGUGCAGAAGUUUCCGAGGCCCAAGUGUCGAAAGGAUCUCCAAAGUUUCCUUGGUUUAACAGGCUAUUUUCGCAAGUUUGUUUUAGAUUACGCAAUUAUCGCUCGACCAUUAUCUGAUCUCCUGAAGGACAAUAAGGGAUUCGGUUUCGGAGUGGCACAAGAGGAGGCGUUUGACAGGUUGAAGGCGAUAUUGUCGAAGGAGCCCGUGCUGCGAAUCUACAAGCCGGACGCAAUCACGAAACUCCAUACGGACGCCAGCAAGCUGGGUUACGGGGCAAUUCUGCUGCAGAAGGACUCAGUAGACGACAGCUUCCAUCCAGUCUACUAUAUGAGCCGCAAGACGUCGGAUGCCGAGCAGAAGCUUCACUCGUAUGAAUUGGAAGUGCUCGCCAUCGUCAACGCGUUGAAGAAAUUCCGAGUCUACCUACAGGGUAUUAAAUUCAGGAUCGUAACGGACUGUGAUGCAUUCCGGAAGACAUUGGACAAGCGUGACCUGCCAGCCAAGGUCGCGAGAUGGGCGUUGUUCAUGGAAGAAUUCCAGUACGAGGUAGAACAUCGAGCAGGAUCACACGACAUGUAG